CCCCGUCAGCUGACUGACAGCGAGCUUCUUCCUCCUUUUGAUGGUGCUAGUUUUUUCUCCGUCAAGACGGAUGAAGAGCACACUAUUUUAGGAAAUUGAAACACACUGGUAACACUUAUUACGUUAAAGUAAAGAUAACGUUGGUGUACAACAUAUAGGCUGCUAGUAACACCGUAUAGAUGCUUCUGGAGUGUAUGAUGAACGGACACGCCAUCCUCUACACCGGGGUCACUUUGGCCUUCUGGAGUACAAUUCUCAUCGUCGGUAUCUGUUAUACAAUUUUUGACCUUGGAUUCCGCUUUGAUGUGGCAUGGUUUCUCACAGAGACCUCCCCCUUCAUGUGGGCUAACCUGGGGAUCGGUUUGGCCAUCUCCCUCUCCGUGGUGGGAGCUGCAUGGGGAAUUUACAUCACUGGUUCCAGUAUCAUUGGGGGUGGAGUUAAAGCACCACGAAUCAAAACCAAGAAUCUGGUUAGCAUCAUUUUCUGUGAGGCUGUAGCCAUCUAUGGGAUCAUCAUGGCUAUUGUCAUCAGUAACAUGGCCGAGAACUUUAGCGGAACUACACCAGAGUCUAUCGGGGCGAGGAACUACCAAGCCGGUUACUCCAUGUUCGGUGCUGGUCUUACCGUGGGUUUCUCCAACCUGUUCUGUGGCAUCUGUGUUGGCAUCGUGGGCAGUGGGGCGGCCCUGGCGGAUGCUCAGAACGCCAGCCUCUUCGUGAAGAUCCUCAUCGUCGAAAUCUUUGGCAGCGCAAUUGGGCUGUUUGGAGUGAUUGUAGCCAUUUUACAGACAUCAAAAGUAAAAAUGGGCGACUAGAAGACAUAUCUACACAAUGAUUAAAGACAAGACAGCUGGACGGACAGAUGGAUAAUGUAAAUACAUAGUAAAUUAUUGAAAUGUCUUCUUUUUUGUUUUUUUUCUGUGAUUAUUUUUAACCAUCAUUUGCUGGAGAGUGACAGAUUAGCAUCAUUUUGUCUUAUUGAGGAUCGCAACUCUGUCAAUAGAGUAACAUUUGGCCUAAUUCCCAAAGCGUUAGACAUAAUUAUUUGCUCAAAGUUUUAAUGAUUGCGUACCUCCCAUCAUCUAAUUACAUCAUCACAAUUAAAAUGGCUACCUGAUGGAGGAAGUACUCUGUAGUAGACGGAACACAUCUUUCAACACUUCCUGAUUCCAUGGCCGAUAGAGAAGUGAUGGGUUUCCAUUAUUAUGUACAACUAUAACUGCUGUCAGAAGCAUAUGAUCUGUGUGAAUGAUGGUGGACUGGUACAAAUGCAGACUGUUCUGUAAAGGGACUUACUGUUCUUAUAUGGAAGCAAAAAGCUGAAUGUUGUAUUUGAUGGAUUUAGAUAUUUCACAUCUGCUUGAAUAGUCUUGCAAACAAUUCCUCUUCUUAAAUCACAAUCUCUCCGUCUUUUCCGAAUCUAUUUCAGAACAUUUUUAUCCCAAAACUCUUCAUGUCUGAUUGGUUAAAAAUGUGAAUAUAGUAAAUUGGUGUGUGUGUGUGUGUGUAUAUAUAAAAGGGCACGUGGCUGUCUUUGUGAAGCAUGAGGUUGUUUACCAUUCUGUGUACCUUAGCUUGUUUCGUCUUAUUAAUGUUUUUCUUUUCUUUUUUUUUAAGCAAGUGGUCUUGACCCACAGAAAACUGUGGCUGAAUCUUACAGUAUUUCACUCAGUUCAAGUGAUAAUGGAUUGUGUCAACAGCCAUCUCAGGUCGGGAACCUUGUAAAUGAUCCAUUCAUGGAGUGAGAAAUUAGCCUACAACUUAUUUGUUUUCAAGACCUUUUCUUUCCAAUUCUUUGUUAUGUUUUUUUCUUUUCUUAUGUUUUACUGUAUGUAGUCAUUCUGGAGCUUGAAUUAUUUGAGUUCCUCUUUGAGCUUGACUACUGUGAACGGUCUGACAAUGGUACCCAUGUUCAGGAAGGUGUUCCCUUGUUUAAAUAGACGCCUAUGCUGUUCUUCACUUACACCUACUGUUUGUAGCUGAGAUUGGGGUAUUGGCCUGGUGCUUGAUUUGGGACAGGCCAAUACCCUAACCUGAACCAACAUAGAGAAAUACAUCCCUGACCAGUUGGCCUUUUUCAUAGUCAAGUCAAAUUUGUUUUGUAUUUUGAUUAUUUGGUUGCUGUCAUUAGAUUAGAUCAGUUCUAAUCUAUACACAUUGUUCCAAAUGAGUCUAUAUUCAACAAUGUGAUGUGAAAUUCCUAUGGAUCCCUACAGGAGUCUGCAAAUGGAAAGAGGGUUAGAAGCACCACCCUUCCUCUCCUUCUGAGGGAGUGCCCUCCAGUAUUCUGACAGACGACUGUGUGGUUCAUCACCAGGCAGUCAAAAUGAGGGCUCCCCUUUUCUCCGUCCCUGUUGUUACUGUUAAGUUGAUCUUUAAAUGUGUGCUCUGUUUAUUUUGAAUGUAGAAAUCUCACAGCCCUCUUUCCGCAUGCAGAUAAGGCUCCUGUUGACAUGUCAAGCUGAAUCAUUUGGAGUAGUUGUGGUGAGUCUCAUGAUCUUUCAUGUGCGUGUCUGCUGUGUUCAGGCGUUUACUUUUGAGCAUUCCUAAAUGGACCUAGACGUUUAUUCCGAGGUAACCAAUCAGGCUUGAGAGAGCCCCAGGCUACGGCUGUGUUUGAAUACUGGACCAAUAGAUGCAUCCAUCAUCAGUUCUUGAGGUACUGUUGCUGAUGUCUUAAGGCUGAAUCGUUGGAGGACUGUGCUACUUAGCAUAGACACGUCUGUUCAUGUCAGGUCUGAUUUCACGAAGCAAGGUUGUUGUUUUUUCCAGCCAUUCAUACUCUUGCCCAAUGUUAAGAAAUCUUAUAUGGUUUGAGACUCUCUUCAAACUUGAUUGGGCCUCUGUUGUAGUGGUGCGUCAUUCCUCAUGCAAUGGAAGUUCUAGAAGUCCACAUAUGGCUGUUUGAUAUGUUGAUGUGGUGAUCCCAUUGUUUUGACACGUGUAAAAUAAGUGACUCCAUUAAUGUCCAAGAAAUAAAUAACAAUUACAACGACA